AUGGCGACUCCAAGAACGAAGAACACCGUCCCUUCGUGGAUACAAAAUCCAUACCCUCAUAUCGAACAUAGCCUGAUAUCCUUCCCUCGUAAACAUAUUUUGCUAGUCACGAUCAAUCGGCCGGAGCACAUGAACUGUCUACCAGUUGAGGGAACGAUCGAGCUUGGCGCGCUAUGGAAGUGGUAUGACGCCGAACCAGAACUUCGUUGCGCCGUAUUUACAGGCGCUGGUGGAAAGGCCUUUUGUGCGGGGAUGGACUUGAAGCAGAGGCUUGAAAUCAUUGAGACCAAUGAUGUAGCAUAUGAAUACCCCCAAGGCCAAUUUGCUGGCAUGAGCAAUCGUACUGGUAGGAAACCGAUCAUUGUUGCAUGCAAUGGUCAUGCUCAUGGUAUGUACUGUGGCGGUUUCGAGGCCAUACUCAACGCAGAUGUUAUAUUUGCCUCACCAAAUGCAACGUUUCGUUUACCUGAAGUCCUACGCGGCGUCUCAGCCCUAGCCGGCGCACUCCCCCGGUGUAUGAUGCUCUUCGGUAACCAUCGGACCAUGGACCUUAUCCUCACUGGCCGGACAAUGCCAGUAGAAGAAGCUCGGGACUGGGGGCUUAUCAAAGAGAUUGUCCCACAACAAGAUCUUCUCACUAAGACGCUGGACUAUGCUGAACAGAUAGCAGGACUAAGUCCCGACAGUGUGAUCAUUUCAAGGUUGGCAGCGAGGGAGGCAUGGGAGACUGGAGUUAGUAGAGCAACAAUGCGUGGACAAGAGUUAUGGGCCGAAGCGAUGUUGAGAAGCAAAAAUGCAAAAGAGGGACUGGAAGCGUAUCGAGAAAAGAGGGAUCCGAAAUGGUUCCCUUCACACCUGUAA